UGCAACUGCACACUCAUUCACCAGCCUCUCCCCAUGCUCCUCCCCAUCCUCUCUUCAGCCUCUGGUAACCACCAUUCUAUUCUCACUUCUAUGAGAUCAGCUGUUUCACAGAAACGCAAUUUUGUGCAGAGCUUUCUUUUCGCAGAGCCCCCCUGCUCGGUGGGGAUGCCCUCCGUCUGCUGCUCUUUGUCCCCUAGGGGUCAGAGUUUGCACAGCUGCUUUCCCUGUUUCUUUUUCACAUGCCCACCUACUCCCCGACAUGGGCUGGAGGAUUGUUGACUGCCCAAGGUCUGGAUGUCACUCAGUACUGAUGACCCAAACUUUCUGCCUCUUCCUGCAGCCGCUAAGCACAGCUGGCGUCCUGAGCUCCUCUUCUACUGCUUCCAGCAGGUCCAGGAAUAAGAAUCGCUAUCGGACCAAAGCCGUGAGCUCUGAGGUGGAUGAGAACCUCUUUGGAGAUAUCAAGUCCCCAGCCCAGGGCCAGAGCGACAGCCCCAUCGUGCUGCUCCGAGAUAAGCAUACCCUUCGAAAAUCUCUCACUGCCGUGGCCUUGGAUCGCAAGCCAGAGACUAUCCAGCUCAUCACUCGGGACAUGGUCCGAGAACUCAUUGUUCCCACAGAGGAUCCCUCCGGGGAAUCCCUAAUCAUCAGUCCUGAGGAGUUUGAGCGAAUCAAAUGGGGAUCCCAUGUCCUGACCAGAGAAGAGCUUGAGGCCAGGGACCAGGCCUUCAAGAAGGAGAAGGAAGCCAUCAUGGAUGCAGUGGUGACGCGAAAGAAGAUCAUGAAACAGAAGGAGAUGGUAUGGAACAACAACAAGAAGCUCAGCGACCUGGAGGAGGUGGCCAAGGAGAGGGCUCAGAACCUCCUGCAGAGAGCCAACAAGCUGCGGAUGGAGCAGGAGGAGGAACUCAAGGACAUGAGCAAGAUCAUCCUCAAUGCUAAGUGCCAUGCCAUCCGGGAUGCCCAAAUCCUGGAGAAGCAGCAGAUCCAAAAAGAACUGGACACAGAGGAGAAGCGGUUGGAUCAGAUGAUGGAAGUGGAGCGGCAGAAAUCCAUUCAAAGGCAGGAGGAACUGGACAGGAAGAGGCGGGAGGAAAGAAUUCGAGGAAGGCGGCAAAUUGUGGAACAGAUGGAAAAGAACCAGGAGGAGCGAUCGCUGCUUGCUGAGCAGCGGGAGCAGGAGAAGGAGCAGAUGCUGGAGUAUAUGGAGCAGCUCCAAGAGGAGGAUCUAAAGGUAACAGGCCAGACAGACGAUGCCACGUUUCACCAGCAGCAGCAGCAUCAAAACCCUUCAGGACUCUGGGCUUUCAGGGUGUCUUUGAGUUACAAAAGGGGGGCUGGAGCUCAGGGGUCUGUGGUCUGUGAGGCAUGUGUGCUGGAAGAGCCCACCCGGGAGGCUCCCCCACCACCUUUCCUGGCCUGGGCCAGCUCAGCUGAGUUCAUUCUAUUCCUGUUUCCCUCCCCCAGGGCUCAGAGAGAACAGAUUGAGAAGGAGAGGCUGGAGGAGGAGAAAAAGGCCACGGGGCGCUUACAGCAUGCCAACGAGCUGCGGCGCCAGGUGCGCGAGAACCAGCAGAAGCAGGUGCAGAACCGGAUUGCCACCUUUGAGGAGGGCCGGCGCCUCAAAGAGGAGGCCCAGAAACGGCGUGAGCACAUCGAUGACAUCAAGAGGAAAAAGCUUGAAGAGCUGAGAGCCACUGGCCUUCCUGAGAAGUACUGCAUUGAAGCUGAGCGCAAAGCUAACAUCCUGCCAGCCACCUCCGUGAACUGACGGGAGCCUUCGUGGUCCCCAGGAUGCCUUCGGGGGACAGAUUCUGCCCAGGCUCUGGGUGUCCAUAAUUGCCGCUAAUCUAGACAUUUCAUGGUUACAGAUUAAAUCGAUUUGACUUCUCUCA